AUUAGAAAAUCCCCCCUGUUGAUUAAAAAAUCCAGAAAAUAUCUGGACUUCCAAUUGGUGCAUAAUCAAAGUCAACUAGCCAAUUCAUAGUCCCCAAAAAAAAAUAUUUGUAUCAUUCUCUCUCUCACGCACACGCAUUUGUCUUUGGUGCUCCUCUUCAGAAAGGGCCAAAAUGGAAAAUCUUCCUUUCAUCAUUGGAGUCAUGGGCAACAUAUUAUCAGGUCUCGUGUUUCUUUCCCCAGUAGGGACAUUCAGAAGAAUAGUAAAGAAUGGAUCAACGGAGGAAUUUGAUAGCCUUCCAUACAUUUGUACAUUGCUUAAUUCAUCUUUGUGGACUUACUAUGGAAUUAUUAAGCCAGGGAGUUACCUUGUCUCCACUGUCAAUGGCUUUGGAGUCAUAGUUGAGACUGUCUACAUUGUCAUGUUCCUCCAAUUUGCUCAUCCAAAAAUGAGAAAUAAGACUGCCAUCCUAGCUGGGGUUCUGAAUGUGGCAAUUUUAGCAACGACUCUAUUGCUGGGUCAGUUUCUUAUACAUGGUAAAAUGAGAAUUAACGUUAUUGGUUUCCUCACGGCAGGUCUAACCAUCAUCAUGUAUAGCUCCCCUUUUGGUGUUGUGAAAACAGUGAUGACAACCAAGAGUGUCGAGUUUAUGCCAUUUUUCCUGUCGCUUUUCCUUUUCUUAAAUGGUGGCACUUGGACUCUGUACGCAGUACUUGUUAGUGACUGGUUUGUUGGAGUAUCAAAUGGAACGGGAUGGUUUCUGGGAGCAGUGCAGUUGGUUAUAUACGCCAUUUACCGGAAUCCUAAUUCAUCAAAGCAAAUUAUCAAAGAUUUAGAACAAGCAGACCAAACGGAAUGCUUGUUGCCACCUUCUUCCACCUCAACUCAAUAGUACUGAAACAUUACAGUAUAAUUAUAUGUUGAAGCAAAGAGACGAUGAGGUUCAAUUCUAUCAAUGCUUGUAACUUGUAUGUCAUUAAAUUCUUUUAAAUAUGCUGUGAGUUGUAGUGUCACGGCCACCUGAUAAUAGUUGGCUUUUUAUUAAGGUAUAUAACAUGUAUUAUUUCAUUUGAUCUGAUAUUGUAUGGAAUUUUUUCUUGAUAUAUCUCAAAAAGACUAACAAUUGUACA